AUGUAUCUCGGUAGCCGUCCAGACAUUCGAGAGCGGCUUUGCGGUACAUCUGUGCGCAGUGUCAGCGGCGAACUUGAGCCAACCCCGCCACAUCCGUUGAGAGACAGCAAGGAUGAUCGAGGGGGAGGGGGGAUGUGCACUAGCCCGAACGACUAUAUCAAAACUAUAGUCGCCCUGCUCAAAAACAAUGGAGCACUGCUCAAGCCAGAGACUAUCCGCUCCAUGUUUGAGCCUCAGCUGAGAGAUAGACGAUACCUCAACAGCUUUCUCGACCAUCCACUUGGCGGGCCGAUGUGCCGAGCAGGUGUGGAAAGCGAUGCAUGGAAUUUUGGUUUGGGUGGAAUGUUGAACUUGGAAGACGUCGACGGUGUGUGUAAGAAGGGCACCAUGAGCUGGAGCGGGCUGCCCAAUCUAUACUGGGUAGGUUCGAGAGUGCUGUCCGACUUGAAGAACACGCUCUCAGGAGGGAUGGUGUCCCUGAAGUGCACGCUGACCUUUGCUUUGGUGGAUUGA